AAGGAUGACCGCUCUCGUUUCUGGGCGGCAUACAAAAGAGUCGGCGAGGAACACGACGACGAGUUCCUUGAGCGAUACAACGGCGACAUGGACAUCGUGUUAAUUUUUUCUGGUCUGUUCUCCGCCGUCAGCACGGCUUUUAUUGUGGCCAUGGAGUCGAAUCUCAGUCCAGACCCCAACGAUACCACGCAUGCCCUUCUCACCCAGCUCGUCCAAAUCGGACUCGGCAAUUUCACUGCAGCGGGGUCUACGCCGGCAGCGCCAGCGCCAACCUGGUCACCGCCUACAGCCAUUAUAAGGAUCCAAUGCAUCGCGUAUGCAAGCUUGUCCUUCAGCUUACUCGCUGCUUUCGGGGCCGUGCUAGGCAAGCAGUGGCUCGGGUACUACAAGUCCCAGCGAUAUGGCCGCGGAUCAGAGGAUGGACGAGCGAAGCGCAGACAAGAGAAGCUCGACGGCAUUGUCACGUGGUAUUUUGAUGCUGUCGUGCAAUCAUUCCCGAUCCUACUGCAGUUCUCUCUUCUUCUCUUUGGAAUUGCCCUCAGCGCCAAUAUGUGGUCCCAGCAAUACACGAUUGCCUGGGUCAUCAUUGCAACGACAGUCUUCGGUUUUUUGUUUUAUUCGCUGACGGUGAUAGCAGCUUUGGUAUCUCCCGCGUGUCCAUUUCAGACCCCGAUAUCGACGAUAUUGCGCAUGUUACGCGUUGACAGUAAGAUCAUUUUCAAGUUCUACCCAUUUCCAGCCUGA